GCCGCCCCCCCGCGCCCCUCCCGGCCCCCCCAGAGCACCAGCAGCCAUUUCAUCUCCACCACCACCACCACCAAGUAGGCGCAAAAAAUGGCAGAAAUGGAGAAAGAAGGGAGACCUCCCGAAAAUAAAAGGAGCAGGAAGCCGGCUCACCCGGUGAAGCGGGAGAUCAACGAGGAGAUGAAGAACUUUGCUGAAAACACUAUGAAUGAGCUCCUUGGCUGGUAUGGUUAUGAUAAGGUAGAACUGAAAGAUGGAGAAGAUAUUGAAUUCAGGAACUACUCAGCAGAUGGGGAAAGCCGCCAGCACAUUUCUGUUCUCAAAGAAAAUUCUUUGCCAAAACCAAAAUUACCUGAGGACAGUGUUAUUUCACCGUACAAUAUAAACCCAAGCUACCCAGGGCUUGCCACAGGAAAUGGACUAUCAGACUCACCAGCAGGGUCGAAGGAUCAUGGGAAUGUACCUAUAAUUGUCCCAUUAAUUCCACCACCUUUCAUAAAGCCACCAGCAGAAGAUGAUGUGUCAAAUGUACAAAUAAUGUGUGCCUGGUGCCAGAAAGUUGGAAUCAAGCGCUAUUCCCUGAGUAUGGGAAGUGAAGUGAAAUGCUUCUGCAGCGAGAAGUGCUUUGCAGCUUGCCGAAGAGCAUAUUUCAAGAGAAACAAGGCUAGAGAUGAAGAUGGACAUGCUGAAAAUUUUCCCCAGCAGCACUAUGCUAAGGAAACUCCAAGACUUGCCUUCAAGAAUAACUGCGAACUACUUGUAUGUGACUGGUGUAAGCACAUAAGACACACAAAAGAGUAUCUGGAUUUUGGGGACGGGGAAAGAAGGCUUCAGUUCUGCAGUGCAAAAUGUCUCAAUCAGUACAAAAUGGACAUUUUCUACAAAGAGACACAGGCCAAUCUUCCAGCUGGACUGUGCAGUACAUUACAUCCUCCAGUCGAAAAUAAAGCAGAAGGCACUGGGGUGCAGCUGCUGACUCCAGAUUCUUGGAAUAUACCGCUAGCAGAUGCUCGGAGAAAAGCCCCAUCCCCAGCGUCUGCAGCUGGCCAAAUUCAAGGACCUGGACCAUCAGCGUCUACCACUGCCUCUCCGUCUGACACUGCCAACUGCUCUGUCACUAAAAUCCCCACGCCAGUUCCCAAACCUAUUCCCAUCAGUGAGAAUCCAAAUAUUCCACCAGUUUCUGUCCAGCCACCUGCUAGCAUUGUGCCUCCAAUUGGUGUCCCUCCUCGCAGUCCUCCCAUGGUGAUGACAAACCGUGGGCCAGUUCCUCUGCCCAUAUUCAUGGAACAGCAAAUUAUGCAGCAAAUCCGUCCACCGUUUAUUCGUGGGCCACCUCACCAUGCCUCAAAUCCUAACAGCCCUCUAUCAAAUCCAAUGAUUCCUGGAAUUGGUCCCCCACCAGGUGGUCCCAGAAAUAUGGGUCCCACCUCUAGCCCCAUGCACAGGCCAAUGCUUUCCCCCCAUAUCCAUCCUCCCACAACACCUACCAUGCCUGGGAAUCCUCCUGGCUUGUUGCCACCUCCCCCUCCCGGGGCUCCUUUGCCCAGUCUUCCUUUCCCCCCUGUCAGCAUGAUGCCAAAUGGUCCUAUGCCUAUGCCACAGAUGAUGAACUUCGGAUUGCCAUCCCUCGCCCCACUGGUGCCACCCCCAACUCUACUAGUGCCAUAUCCUGUCAUUGUCCCUUUGCCCGUUCCCAUCCCCAUUCCCAUCCCCAUCCCUCACAUCAACGACUCCAAACCCCCUAACGGCUUCUCCAGCAAUGGUGAAAGCUUCAUUCCGAGUACCUCCAGCGAGACGCCUGGGGCAAAGCCAACCAAUAGCUCUUCAUCCCCUCGAGAGUCAAAGCAAGGAUCAUCCAAAUCCUCUGACUCAUCACCGAGCUGCUCAGGCCAGUCCCUUAAUCAAGCUAAAGUGCUUCAGGAGCACAGUAAAAAUGAAGUUGUUGAUUUGACUGUCAGACCUAGUAGUCCAGCGAACAGUAAAUUUGGUUUCCCCAGCGUGCUGCAGGGUCCACAGGACGGUGUGAUAGACCUAACAGUGGGCCACCGGUCUAGGCUGCACAAUGUCAUCCACAGGGCUCUGCACGCCCAGGUGAAAGUUGAACGUGAACCUAACAGUGUUGUAAAUUUGGCUUUUGGUAGCUCAGACAAAAGGAACUGCAGUGACUGCAGGGACAACUGCAGCCCGGUUGACUCAAAAACGUUACCGUGCAGUGACGGAGCUCACUGCUGUCCCAUCUCCUUGGCCUCUGGCACGCCAGGACUGGAAGCUGGCGCAGCGGUGUGCAACGUCAUUGUGAAUGGCACAAAGAGCACAGAGGGUUCCAAGAACCCGGAGCCGCCCCAGGAGCCGAAAAAGCCCCAGUCCCCGGAGGAGCUGGCGGUGAGCGAGCUGGAGUCCGUGAAGGAGAACAACUGCGCCUCGAACUGCCACCUCGAGGGAGAGGCUGGCAAGAAGGCUGGGGAUGAGCCCCUGGCUGGGGGAGACAAACAGGACCCAAACCUUAACAAUCCAGCAGACGAGGACCACGCGUAUGCUUUGAGGAUGCUGCCCAAGACAGGCUGCGUGAUCCAGCCUGUGCCAAAACCAGCAGAAAAGACUGCUAUUGCGCCGUGCAUUAUCUCAACGCCAAUGCUCAGCACAGGGCCAGAGGAUCUGGAGCCACCAUUGAAAAGGAGGUGUCUCCGAAUUCGAAAUCAGAAUAAGUAAAGGAGCGCUCACUGACAGGGUACCUUGCAUGGAGAAAGGGAGCAGAGCAAACCACGUCACUGCACCGAAUGACACCAGCUGGUCCGCUCACCACCCCUCCAGCUGAAAGUCCAGCAAAGAGAGAGCUUCCUGACAUGAAGC